AUGAACGUCAAGCUGGCAAGAGCAGACCUCUCUGUCCCCACGCCCACGGUGAGGUGGCGUACGCUGUCGCAGUGGCCGGAGCAGCAGCUGCUGGGAAUGGUAUCUUGCGCGCUGGCGCUGCUCGGUUCGCGGCUCUUGGGCGCUCCUGAGCUGGCGCCACUGACGCAGGCGCCGUCGUCGCAGCAGGUGCCGCCACUGACCAUCCUGCUGGCGCUGCUGCCCAUACUGGCGCCAGCCGUCCUGCUCUACGUGCACACCGCUCGCCGGCUGCUGCGCACCUGCGCCCUCACCAGGCACCGAAUCGAUGAAAUACGUAGCGACAUGCACCUGAUCCACAAGGAACGCGGCCUGUCGGCGAGGGACAGCGCGUGGCUGUACUCUGUGUCGGUGCGGCGGCUGAUCUACACGGAGGGCUCGGCGCGCACGGCGGCUGGCGGAGACGCCGGCAGCAGCCGCAGCGUGGGCGUGCCGCCGCGGCUCAGGCCCUGCUCCGCGAGGCGCUGA